AACUCCACCCGCCGCUGAUAGACGGUUUUGCAGUCAGAAUUUCAGAAGACUCGGUUGUUGUUUCCUUCCGCCCACCGCUGCCGCUUUUCUCGACGGAGACCCUCCACCGACCAAGCUCCCUCUGUGUCUCAGUACUUUUCGUUAGUCUAGAUCAUCCAUAUCACUUUCUCCAUUUGGUUCUUAUUCGAAUCCUGACAACGAAGAAGUAGAGGAGUGAUCUACCUCCCGUGGAACAGAUUCGAAGAGGGGAUUCUAUGAUGGAUGUAGUAAUGAAGGACGAAAAAAGCAUGGAAGAAGAAGAGGAUUAUGUUGAAUAUGUUCCCGUGGCAAAGCGUAGAGCAAUGGAAGCUCAAAAGAUUCUUAUGCGCAAGGGCAAGGCUUCUGCUCUUGAGGAAGAACUGGAGAAAUCAAGACUUGCUGAAGCUAAACCUAGUCUCCUUGUAAAAGCGUCUCAGAUGAAGCGUGACCAGCCAGAAGUUAGUCCAACUGAGCAGAUUGUUCAGCAGGAGAAGGAGAUGAUUGAGCACUUAUCUGAUCGUAAGACACUAAUGUCGGUUCGAGAAUUAGCAAAAGGAAUUACUUACACAGAGCCAUUAUUAACUGGAUGGAAGCCACCAUUGCCUAUCAGGAGGAUGCCGAGAAAGGCAUGUGAUUUAAUACGCAAACAGUGGCACAUUAUAGUUGAUGGUGACGAUAUUCCACCGCCAAUUAAAAAUUUCAAGGACAUGAGACUCCCAGAACCAGUUUUGAAGAAGUUGAAAGAAAAGGGAAUUGUGCAGCCUACUCCCAUUCAGGUCCAAGGUUUACCAGUGAUUUUAUCUGGUAGAGAUAUGAUUGGGAUUGCAUUUACGGGUUCGGGAAAGACCCUAGUCUUUGUUCUUCCUUUGAUAAUGAUUGCACUACAAGAAGAGGUCAUGAUGCCAAUUGUUUCUGGAGAAGGGCCUUUUGGUUUGAUUAUUUGUCCUUCAAGAGAGCUUGCUAGACAGACCUACGAAGUGGUGGAACAAUUUUUAAUUCCCAUGAAGGAGGCUGGAUAUCCUGAACUAAGGCCUUUACUCUGUAUAGGUGGAGUGGAUAUGAGAUCACAAAUAGAGAUUGUGAAGAAGGGUGUUCAUAUUGUUGUUGCAACCCCUGGGAGAUUGAAGGACAUGUUGGCAAAAAAGAAAAUGAACCUUGACAAUUGCAGGUAUCUUACCUUAGAUGAGGCUGAUAGAUUGGUGGAUCUGGGUUUUGAAGACGAUAUAAGGGAAGUUUUCGAUCAUUUCAAGGCGCAACGCCAAACUCUCUUAUUUUCUGCCACAAUGCCUACCAAAAUUCAAAAUUUUGCAAGAAGUGCCCUGGUAAAGCCUGUAACUGUUAACGUGGGAAGAGCUGGAGCUGCAAAUCUUGAUGUUAUCCAGGAGGUCGAGUACGUGAAACAAGAGGCGAAAAUUGUUUACUUGCUUGAGUGCCUGCAGAAAACUCCACCUCCAGUUUUGAUAUUUUGUGAGAAUAAAGCCGACGUCGAUGACAUUCACGAGUACCUUCUCUUGAAAGGUGUUGAAGCAGUGGCAAUUCAUGGAGGAAAAGAUCAGGAAGAGAGAGAGUAUGCUAUAUCAUCCUUUAAGGCGAGCAAGAAAGAUGUAUUAGUUGCUACUGAUGUUGCAUCAAAGGGUUUAGAUUUUCCAGACAUUCAGCACGUUAUCAACUACGAUAUGCCAGCCGAAAUUGAGAACUAUGUCCAUAGGAUAGGACGAACUGGACGGUGUGGUAAGACAGGAAUUGCGACAACUUUCAUAAACAAGAAUCAAAGCGAAACAACUCUCCUUGAUUUGAAGCACCUUCUGCAAGAAGCAAAACAGAGGAUUCCACCAGUGUUGGCCGAGCUAAACGAUCCAAUGGAGGAUGUUGAAGCGAUCACCAAUGCCAGCGGAGUCAAGGGUUGCGCUUAUUGUGGCGGUCUUGGUCACCGUAUCCGGGACUGCCCCAAAUUAGAACACCAGAAAAGCAUGGCAAUUGCAAGUUCUAGAAGAGAUUAUUUUGGAUCAGGUGGUUACAGAGGAGAAAUUUGAGAAAGCUAAGAACAGAAUGGAUAUUUUUGUUUGGUUUCCCAUUUACCCUCCACGGAUAGUACCUGUACAAACUGAUAAGUUACUAUGGUUAAAAUGUUCCAAUGAAAUCAUGCAGUUUACUUGGUGGAUGUC